UAUUAUAGGAGGUAGUAUCUGUUCUGAAAAACAAUAAUAUCCUCUCUAAUAGUUUGAAAACACAGAAACAACAAGCAAAUUGAUCAUUUUUGCUUAACCUUUUUGUGCCUUUUUCUUUUUGAAAUUCCCUUCCAAAUUUGGAAGAGAAUUUCAUUUCAAUCAACCCCUCUAUACCCAAAAAUUCUUUUUCUCUACAAACCCUAGUUCCAAUUUAUCUCAUUUUCUUUCCAUUUAUACAAAAGCCUGAAUCUUUUUCAGAGUUUCUUGAUAUUUUUUUUGCUUUUAAGGGGUAAUUUCAAAAAAGAUAUUGUUUUUCAUUUCUGGGUGUUUUUUUGAUCAACAAAGAAACUAAUAUAUAUAUAUAUAUUAAACUGUUGUUCAUUUCUGGGUGUUUCUUUUUUCUUUUUAAGGGCAAUCUCAAAAGAUAUAACAAGGAGCAAUUUUGGUUCCUUUUCUGGGUAUUUUUGUUGCUUUUAAGGGUAACUUCAAAAAGAUAGUACUAGUAAUUUUCAUUUCUGGGUGUUUUUUUCUUUGAAGGGUAGUAUAAAAAAGAUAUAAGAAGGAACAAAAUUUGUUCCUUUCUGAGUAUUUCAAUUAAGGGUAAUUUCAAGAAGAUAUAAAGAAAGAAUCUAUAUAUUCUUUUCUGGGUAUUAUACCUUUUAAGGUUUCGUAUCAAGAAGAUAUAAAGAAAACAGAGAUGAUGGGUAGUGAGAACAAUAACAAUCAACAGUUGAUAGGAGGAUAUCAUGUGUCAGAUGAAUUGUUGGGAACAUUUUUACCAAUAAUAGUGUAUUGGGUAUAUUCAGGAUUAUAUUCAAUGCUUGGGGGUAUAAUGGAUAAUUAUAGGUUACAUUCAAAGAAAGAUGAGGAUGAGAAGAAUUUGGUGUCUAAAAAGGAAGUUGUUAAAGGUGUUCUUCUUCAACAGGUUGUUCAGGCUGCUGUUGCCACCCUUCUCUUUGCGGUCACAGGGAAUGAUGGUGAAUCUGAUGGGGAUCAACACGCUUCCAUUUUUGUUCUUGGUAGACAGUUCUUUGUUGCCAUGGUGAUGUUAGAUACUUGGCAAUAUUUUAUGCAUCGGUACAUGCACCAAAACAAGUUCUUGUACAAGCAUAUCCAUGCUCAACACCAUCGGCUAAUUGUUCCGUAUGCGUUUGGAGCUUUAUACAACCACCCUUUAGAGGGUCUGAUUCUUGACACAAUUGGUGGGGCUCUAGCUUUCCUCGUCUCAGGCAUGUCACCGCGUACCUCCAUCUUCUUUUUCUCCUUUGCUACGAUCAAAACGGUUGAUGAUCAUUGCGGACUAUGGUUGCCUGGAAAUCUCUUCCAUAUCUUCUUUAAGAACAACUCUGCUUACCACGAUAUUCAUCACCAGCUUUAUGGGACCAAGUUUAACUAUUCACAGCCUUUCUUCGUGACGUGGGAUAGGAUACUUGGAACUUACAUGCCAUAUGAACUUGAGAAAAGACCAGAAGGAGGUUUUGAAGCUAGGCCCGUUAAAGAUUGCAAAGAGCAUUGACAAAACUGUUAGUACAUGUUUGUCAUAGUUUGUACCACUGCAUUUCUUCCCUUUCUGAAAUGCUUAGUUACUCAUUUAAUUUGUAUAUAGUUAAAUGUUUAUGCAUAUAUUGUUGUAUAACUGGUGUUCUUUUUUUUGAGGUUGAAAAAAGGAAUAGGGGCGAAUAAUAGUUUCCUUUUUAAAACAUUGUCUCUUGAAUCUGA